AUGGCAUUCAGCUCUACCGUUUUGACAUUCAUUCGACCUUCACUGAAGCUGCAAGCGAAUGGCAACCUAUUUUGUCCCUUUUGUGUCCGCACAGCACAGCACUGGCUCGUGCCCCUUGCCGCAGUCCUCGGCUGCGCCACAUUGCCCCUCGUCGCGGAGGCCGUCGGACCCUACGUGCCAACCUGGGACUCGCUGGACAGUCGACCCUUGCCAGCGUGGUUUGACCAAGCCAAAGUGGGCCUGUUCCUUCACUGGGGCGUCUUCUCGGUGCCCAGUUACACGUCAGAGUGGUUCUGGUGGUACUGGCAGGGCUGGGAUGAACCGCGGAACCCAAACCCUGCCAAGUUCAUGGCCAAAAACUACCCCCCAGGCUUCACCUACCCGGAUUUCGCCAAAGAUUUCACGUGCGAAUUCUUCGACCCGGACGAGUGGGCACGCAUCUUCCAAGAAUCGGGCGCGCGGUACGUUGUUCUCACCACAAAGCAUCACGAAGGAUUCACUCUGUGGCCGUCGAACGUGAGCUUCAGCUGGAAUGCAAAGGACGUUGGGCCGAAGAGAGACUUAGUAGGUGAACUGGCCAACGCGGUUCGAUCUAAGACCGGCCUUGUGUUCGGCGUUUACCAUUCUCUGUUCGAAUGGUUCAAUCCCUUGUUUCUCCAGGACAAGAGAAACAAUUUUACCACCAGCUAUUUUUCGGAGGGCAAAACGCUCGUCGAGCUGCGCGAGUUGGUGGAGCGAUACAAGCCCGAGAUCAUCUGGUCGGACGGUGACCCUGCUCCGGCAGAAUACUGGAAGAGCCGGGAGUUUCUGGCCUGGCUGUACAACGACAGCCCCGUCCGAGACACCGUGGUCACCAACGACCGCUGGUGCAAUGGCUGCAGCUGCAAGCACGGUGGAUACUUCACGUGCUACGAUCGUUACGAUCCAGGAGUGCUGCAGCCGCGCAAGUGGGAGAACUGCAUGACCCUGGACCGCCAGUCCUGGGGAUACAGACGAGACGCCACACUGGCCGACGUGCUUUCCAUACAGGAGCUCAUCGAAACACUCGUCCAGUCAAUCAGUUGCGGGGGCAACAUCCUCAUCAACGUGGGGCCCACUCGAGACGGCAGACUGGAGCUCAUCUAUCAGGAAAGACUGCAGCAGCUGGGCCGCUGGCUCAAGGUGAACGGCGAAGGUGUAUACGGGUCGGCGGCAUGGACUUGCCAGAACGAUACUGCCACUGGAAAGGUCUGGUAUACGCAAGGCGUGACUAAAGACGGUGAAAAGGCGGUGUACGUAUUCAUCUUGGAGUGGCCAUCGCAAAGCGUUCUCCACUUGGCCUCGUUGCGGCUGGGUGCCGGAUCACGGGUUGUCCUACUGGGCGCCGAAGAAGAGCCCGUAACCGUAGUGGAACAGUCGACUCUUCGUCUGACACUGGCUCUGCCAAAUCUCACCAUGGACCGGUUGCCCACACCCUGGGCCUGGGUUCUCAGGGUCACGGGACCAGCCACCGGAUACUGCCCCACGAGGCUCUCCGUUAAUUCUAUUCUGUGAGAACAGGACACAAUGCCAAAUAAGAGCGCCUCGAUACGUUGAACAUUUGUUU